AGUCACUCUCUCCUCUCCCGGUCUGGGACGUCUAGGACUGCUGUGUCUGUAGCUUUCUAACAGACGACCCUCCAUACACAGACAUGAUGCCUCGCAUCUUCUUCAUCUUGAGUUCUCUGCUCCUCCUCCUCCCCUUUUUCUCCUCCUCCUCCGAACCCCGCCGACAGUCGUCAUCCUCACCACGCAGCAGGACCGCGCGUGCUCCGGCUUCCUCCGCCAAGGUGCGCCUGGCGGGAAACUUUGCCCAGGGACUGAACGAGGGUCGCGUGGAAGUGCUUCACAACAGCACGUGGGGGACGGUGUGUGAUGACGAAGUGGACAUCAAACUAGCCAAAGUGGUCUGCCGCGAGCUGGGCUUCCAGACCGGCAUCACGUGGGCGCACAGUGCCAAAUAUGGCGAGGGUGAUGGUCCUAUCUGGAUGGACAACGUGCGUUGUGACGGCACAGAGAAGACUGUGAAAGACUGUAAACAUAACGGCUGGGGUGUCAAUGAUUGCAAGCACUCUGAGGACCUUGGUGUGGUCUGCAGUCCGGAGCGACGACUGGACCAGGUUACGGGGUCACGUAAUGGUCAGUCGGUGGCCCUGCGUCCGGAUGUCAGCGUCUCGCCUCAGUGGCUGAGCAUCCUGGCCAGCCGCAGUAACCCCCGACAGGCCCAUCAGGGGAACGGACACCCUCCAGAGAGGCCCAGCCUGAGACAGCACCUCUACAACCCGUAUUCCAGCAAGGUGCAUAUUCAGGAGGUGCGUCUGCGGCCCAUCCUGAUGCACACUAAGAAGCGGGCCCUGAUCACUGAGGGCGUGGUGGAAGUGAAGCAUGCUGGGAGAUGGAGGCAGGUGUGUGACCUGGGCUGGAACCUCAACAGCAGCAAAGUGGUGUGUGGAAUGCUGGGGUUCCCUGAGGCAGAACGACACAACGAAAGAACAUACAAGAAAAUCUGGGACACCAAGCUUGCUGAUCCAUCCACAAAGCUGAGCCUCAUGGCUAGUAAGAAGGGUUUCUGGGUAGAGAAGGUUCACUGCCUGGGGUCAGAGACCAGCCUAUCAGAGUGUCACACACAGCUGUCCAUCCCACGUAGCCCCUCCCCCUGUAAGAGCGGGAGACACGCGGUCGCGAGGUGUGUACCGGGACCACAGUUUGCUCGCAUGUCAUCUGGAAGACCCCAGGCACCCCACCCAAUUGUGCCGGUGCGUCUGAAGGCUGGCCCCAGGCUGGGUGAGGGCCGUGUGGAGGUGCUGAAGGAGGGGAAGUGGGGGACCAUCGUAGACCACCUGUGGGACCGCAACUCAGCCAGCGUGGUGUGCAGGGAGCUGGGCUUCGGAACCGCCAAGGAGGCCCUCACUGGAGCUUACAUGGGACAAGGUACUGGUCCUAUCCAUAUAAACAGUGUCCAGUGUUUGGGGACAGAGAAGUCUAUCCUAGACUGUAACUUCCAGGAUGCCCCUCUAUGGACGUUAAAACACACCCAGGACGCCUCAGUACGCUGCAACAUCCCCAAGCUUGGCCUGGCCAGCACGGUGCGGUUGACGGGAGGCAGGGAGCCAGGUGAGGGCCGUGUGGAGGUACUGAUGGAUGUAGGGGGUAGUAAGAGAUGGGGGUCAGUCUGCAGUGAGAACUGGGGGAUCAACGAAGCCAUGGUGGUCUGUCGACAGCUGGGUCUGGGGUUCGCAUCCCGAGCACACCAGGAGACGUGGUAUUGGGCUGGGGAUCCUAAUGCAGCAGAGUUGGUGUUGAGUGGAACCCACUGUGUCGGAACUGAGCUGUCAAUCCAACAGUGUCGCCGUAACAACCACCUCCACUGUCCCCGAGGGGGCGGGACUAAGGCUGCAGGGGUCACCUGUUCAGAGACUGCCCCUGACUUGGUACUAGAUGCCCAACUGGUUCAGGAGACAGCCUACCUGGAGGACCGACCCCUACACCUGCUGACCUGUGCCAACGAGGAGAACUGUCUGUCGUCUUCCGCUGCCAGAAUGAACUGGCCCUACGGACACCGCCGCCUGCUACGAUUCUCCUCCAGGAUCAUGAACAUGGGACGGGCCGACUUCAGACCUAGGGCUACCAGGGAGUCUUGGACCUGGCACGCAUGUCACAGGCACUACCACAGCAUUGAGGUGUUCACCCACUAUGACCUGCUGACUCUGAAUGGGACCAGGAUAGCAGAGGGACACAAGGCCAGCUUUUGUCUGGAGGAUUCAUACUGCCCUGAAGGUCUGCAUAAGCGUUUCUCCUGCUACAACAUGGGCGACCAGGGCAUCUCAGUGGGCUGCUGGGAUACGUACCGCCACGACAUUGACUGUCAGUGGAUCGACAUCACCGACGUCAAGCCUGGAGACUACAUAUUCCAGGUGGAAGUCAACCCCUCAUUAGACAUGGCUGAGUCAGACUUCCAGAACAACGUGAUGAGAUGUCGAUGCAAAUACGACGGACACAGAGCGUACAUGUAUGGAUGUCACGCAGGUGAUGCGUACAGUGCAGAGAUUGAGGACCUGUUUGAGCACCAAAGGCAGAUCUCCAAUAACUUUGUCUAGGCCCAUCUAGGGCCCAGCGUUGGCCCAGGCUUAGAGCUGGGGCCACAACUGCUCAGGGUGGCCUGGGGUCUGCAGGUCUGGUGGGUCCUGGGACUCCUUCCCCACAACACUAUGGGACUCACAAAAUGGCACCUGUCCACUGCCCUUACCUGCUGUAGACUACACUACCCAGAAUAAACCACAACCAGGAGAAGAUCGUCACCCUGACCACACCCUUCGACCCCAACAGCCAAUAGCAACUGAGAGCAGGACAAGUGUCACCAGGGAAACCAAAUUAUUUCAGGUAACAAUGGAGAGUUAAAAUGAUAUGGAUUCAAUCAACUUUUAGGUAUUUUUUAGUUUAUGAAUGUGGACUAUUAGUAAUUUAGCUACUCAACAGUUUUAUGAAUUAAUUCUGAUUAAGAUGAAAUUAUAAUUGUAUGUCCAUGAUUUAAAGUGACUAACAUACCAACCUGCAUUUUGUAUUAUUAUGUACGUAAAUCCGUUACACUCCAUUGGGUAUGAUAUGUUACAUUUCGUAUGGUAUGUAUUAAAUUGGGUGAUGUCCAUCACCCAUUUCGUAUAUUUUACAAAUACAAUUCGUAUUAUAUGUUACGAAUUUUCUAAACGUACUAUAUGUUACGAAUUUCCAAAACGUAUGACAUUUUAUGAAUUCUAGCAAGGUGGCUAGGUGGCUAACAUUAGCUAGAUGGCUAAUAUUAGCUAGGCUAGGGG